CUGCGACAUGGAUACAGUAACCAUGACUGAAUUGAAGCAAGUUUUGAAGGAGCAAGAAGAUCACAUCGGCCAGUUAGAGGCGUGUAAUGGCGAUCUAAGGCUUGGCCGCCAUCAUGUCGAAAAGCGUUUGAAGGGCGUUCGCGAAGAACUCGAGGAAGCACAGAAAAAUCUCCAGGGACUUGAAAAUGAGAUAGCUCAUAAUGCUGAAGUCUUGAAGGAGAAAAAGGAAAUGUUGGAAGUGCACAAGAAACUUAUUCAAAACUUGAGUAGAAAGCUUGAGGCGAAAGAAGAGGUUACUGCGAGAUCACAACCCUUAAAGGUCGCUGCGACAUGGAUACAGUAACCAUGACUGAAUUGAAGCAAGUUUUGAAGGAGCAAGAAGAUCACAUCGGCCAGUUAGAGGCGUGUAAUGGCGAUCUAAGGCUUGGCCGCCAUCAUGUCGAAAAGCGUUUGAAGGGCGUUCGCGAAGAACUCGAGGAAGCACAGAAAAAUCUCCAGGGACUUGAAAAUGAGAUAGCUCAUAAUGCUGAAGUCUUGAAGCAGAAAACGGAAAUGUUGGAAGUGCACAAGAAACUUAUUCAAAACUUGAGUAGUAAUAAUAGUAAUAGUUAAUAAUAACAAUAACAAUAACAAUUGGUUACUUCAAGUAUUGAUAUUCAGGCAUAAAUCAAUAAAGAUACCAAUAAAAUUCGCAAUAAAUAAAUACUAUUUGCUAAACAUGAAAAAAAA